AUGGAGAAUAUGCCGGUGGGAAGUACUGCUAACUGGGUGAAUGGAAACCAUGAUCGAACUCGAUUAGCCACUCGUGUAGGCGUUGACAGAGUAGACGCAAUGAAUAUGCUGACACUGCUACUUCCCGGGGUGGCAUUUACCUAUCAGGGAGAAGAAUUAGGUAUGACAGAUGGUUUUAUAACGUGGGAAGAAACACAGGAUCCACAAGCAUGCAAUACUGACGAUCCUAUCAACUACUGGAAAAAUUCACGUGAUCCAAGCAGAACUCCAUACCACUGGGACGACAGUCCCAAUGCUGGGUUUUCUACUACAGAUGGUAAAACAUGGUUGCCCGUUGCUGAUAAUUAUAAAGAUGUGAAUUUAGAUGCACAGAUGAAGGCAAAUAAAAGUCAUUAUCAGUUCUAUAAAGACGUGGUGACAAUCAGAAAGAAAGAUGUAGUACGCAAAGGGCGUUUAGAUAUCAAAGCUAUGUCAAAUUCAACUCUAGUUGUGGGAAGAAUGCUUCCGGAUAACCCAGCAAUUGUAGGUGUAAUUAAUUUGUCAAAUGACACAGAAAUUACUGACUUAUCAGAAUUUGAAUGGCUACCAGCAUAUUUGAUUGUUGUAGCUUCUGGAGUUGAUUGUGAGGGCAUUGCCUUAGAAAAUGGCUCAAUUAUUCGCAAAGAUAAAGUUGUAAUGACUGGCAAAUGUGCUUUACUUCUACAAAGUUUGUGUGUCACAACGAAGGGCUGUUGUGAAAAUAACAAAUAA